AGCUGCUCUCCCACUUCUAAAGCGGCUGCCGGCUGUUGCUUAGCUUUCCUGUCGCUGUAGGGAGAUUCAGUGUUACUUUCCUCGGCGCGGUCCAAUUUCUCCUCUUCCGUGCCUGGAGCAAGAGAGGGAGUCCAACUGCAGGGAGUUCCGCAGAUUCAGAUUAUGUGAAGAUGAAUAGGAAAGUGCAGCAAGCAUGACAUCUCUGGCCAACAUCAUUCCUUCCCCACAGUCUGAGUGGGUCUCCUUCAGUGACGGCCUUCACCGUUCUGUUACUUCCCAAGGUCAUACUAGGGAGCCACUUGAGAGAUUUUUUUCCUCCUCUGAUACUUCCUCUGAAGGCAUCCAAAAUCUAGAUGGAGAACUGCCAAGUUUUUCACAUGCUGAAUUGGGAGAAAGAAUAAACAAAACAACUGUAGGUCUUGAUCUGCCUUCAUCCUUCAGCACAUGGGUCCAGUUUGAAGAUGCACCUUGGACCAACAAUUCACCAGAGCAUCCACAUACAGACUCAUCUCCAAAAGUAUUUUGUUGGAUGUGUCCUUCUUUGGGAUAUUCUGAGAGACAACCUCUUACUUCAGAGAGCAGCUGGACAACUACUUCAGAGAACAGUAGCAGCCCAAGUAUCACCCCUUCCUACACUGAUCUUCAAUCAAUAAAUACAGAGGAUUUGACUAGUGGAAGAGCAUCUGCUGAAGACUCAACUGACAAUUCUUCAUCUCUUCUUGAAGAUGAGGAGCUAGGAAUGGAGGCCACCAGCUGGCAGCUGAACAACACAUCCAUUAAUGGCCACGGUGAAAGUGCAACCACAGCCCGUUUCCCCAGCUGGGUGACCUUUGAUGACAAUGAAGUUAGUUCCACUUCUCCAAUAACUACAUCUCCUGUGAAACAAGAUUCUUCAUCGUUAUCAGAAGGAGCAACAACAGCAACCACACAGGUCAUAGAUGUGAACACUAGUACCCCUUUAUCCUUUAAAAAAAGGGAACGCCCCAAGAGCACCUUGAGUGAUUUUUCUAAAGUUCAGAAGCUCGACCUUUCUUCCAUCACCUUGCCAUCAGUUGGGGGAACACCGCCCUGGAGUGCUACUAAUCCUUUCCUUGAUGUAUCACUAAAGGAUGUUCAACCUUCUCCUAUCAAUCCAUUCAGUUCUUUCUUUGAGGAAAGGGAUAGACGUACCCAAGGCAACUCUCUCUCUGGAAACACUAGUAAAAAGCAGAGAGAUUCUCUUCUUAUCCUUCAUCAGGAACCUGAUUCCAUUAGCUUCAAUGAGCCAAGUACACACCUCAGACAUAGAGAUGCUAUUGAGCAACUCAAGCAGCUCCAUAUUGGUGAUCCAGAUCAACUGAACAGCCUCAGUCUGCCAGAUGAUGACCCUACAAUCUCCACUGAGCUCUAUAAUACCAUGUCCACUUUGGGGCCACCUCAGCAAAAAGAUGGCUGGCCAAUGAUGCUGAGGAUACCAGAAAAGAAGAAUAUAAUGUCUUCUAGGCACUGGGGUCCAAUAUAUGUCAAACUGAAAGACAGAAGAUAUUUACAACUCUUCUAUGAAAAGGGAUUGGAAAAGCCUUUUAAGGAAUUCAAGCUUGAAAUAAAUCAUGAGGUUUCAGAGCCCAAGCUUCAAAAUUAUGAUGAAAAUGGAAGGAUACACAGUGUGAGAAUAGACCGUGUUACUUACAAAGAAAAAAAGAAAUACCAGCCAAAGCCAGCUGUUUCUCACAUAGCAGAAAAGGAACAGGUUAUUAAGCUAGGCACCACCAAUUAUAAUGAUUUCCUUAGUUUUAUCAGGGCUGUUCAGGAUUCAUUGAUGGAUUUGCCUGCUUCUUCAACAGAUUUAAGUACAGUUGGACUUAAUUACCAAGAGGAAGAAAUCACUGUUGACGUAAAGGAUGAAUUCUAUGGAAUUUUGGCCAAAGGAGACAACAGGAUCUUGCAGUAUAAUGUAUUGACACGAGUACACGUGCUCAGCUUUCUUUCUGGACUGGCAGAGUGUAGGCUGGGCCUCAACGACAUUCUUAUUAAAGGGAAUGAAAUUGUUUUGCGGCAGGACAUCAUGCCCACAACCACUACCAAGUGGAUUCAAUUGAAUGAUUGCCAUUUCCAUUCAUGUGUGGAUGAAGAGGCAUUUGCCAGUGCCCGUGUCAUUAUGUUUAACCCUUUGGAUGCUUGCCGGUUCGAACUGAUGCGCUUUAGGAGUGUCUUUUCUGAGAAGACCAUGCCUUUUACUCUAAGGGUUACGGCUAGUGUCAAUGGUGCUGAGGUAGAGCUUCAGAGCUGGCUGAUGAUGUCACCAGGGUUCUCAUCCAACAGAGAUCCUCUAAGUCAAGUCCCCUGUGAAAAUGUGAUGAUUCGUUAUCCUGUGCCGCAUAAGUGGGUGAAAAACUUCCGGAGAGACAGUGUCCUUGGAGAGAAGUCCUUGAAAGCAAAGGUGAACAAAACUGCUAGCUUUGGAUCCACCAGCGUGUCUGGCUCUGAGCCAGCAAUGAGGGUAACACUAGGAACUGCCAAAUACGAGCAUGCUUUCAAUUCCAUUGUGUGGAGGAUAAAUCGCCUACCUGAUAAAAAUUCUGCUGCAGGUCAUCCUCAUUGCUUCUUUUGCCAUCUGGAACUUGGCUCAGACCGGGAAGUGCCUUCUCAUUUUGUCCGCUAUGUGGAUGUAGACUUUGAUAUGCCAGCAAGUUCAGCAUCCAAGGCUGCCAUUCGGUCCAUCUCUGUGGAAGGCAAGACUGAUGUGAGGAAGUGGGUGAAUUAUGCAGCACAUUACAAUUAUAAGGUGGGAAUAGAGAGGAAAAAAAGCUUGAAUCCAGAUAAUUUGGGAGAAGACGGCGAUAAUGUCAAGGAAUGUGCUGUGCAAUGAAAGGAAGAAGUAGCUAUCUGAAAAGAAUAGAAGCAACAAGAAUUGAAGAACAAGGAAUGCCGUGCCUCCCUUCUGUAGUCCGAAGAACCAAGAAGUAUUUGAAGUGACAUUUCGCUCUCUGAACAUACUUAAAAAAUUCUUUUGG